GAAUGUUGACAGUUGUAACGCAACAGCUGUUAGCAUGUGCAUCACAUUUUGUCUUCCUUAAAAAACCAUGACUGAUUUUAACCGAAAAGUGAAAAAUCCGUUAUUCAACACUGCUGUUACCGGAGGCACAAUUGAAGAUUUUUCGCAAAAUGCUCUUCUACUUCCAGCUAAAGAAAAAUCACCGCCUCCUCCAGUCCUGAAUUUGUCUCCAGAGCAACCACCGCAGUUUGAAGAAAGUUCCGAUUUCUUUGAAACAAUCCCAACUAGUAUAGACACUUUCCAAAACCAACAACCUUAUGAGCAGACGUUACCAAACGAACCCGAAACAUCCCUUCCCCAGUCUUCAAAUUUAACUUCGGUGUUUUCUUCCUUUUCUAACAUACUAAAACUGAAGACACCCCAGAACCCUCCUCCUACGGAGUUCAUUCCACCUCCGGCGGGAAUCGAAACCAUUUUGGAACAACCACCAGUAGAUGUUGCCCCAAUUCCUCUUUUCCCAGCUAGCGGAAUUACCUCUAGCGCUCCCAAAAACCCUCCGCAGGGUCCAGCGAACACCUACCGUAGAUCGGGUUUGAAGAGACCGGUGUAUGCCCAAAUUCCCGGGUUAUCAAAUCAGCAACCUGUAGUACAACCCCCACCACCGCAAACUAGCUCGUAUUUUCAACCCCAGGCGGUUUUACCGGAGGUCACACCUCCACAUUCUGUUUCUCCUGUUGUGUCUUCGGUUUCUUCGACUCAAGAUACAGGGGUUGGGUAUUUUAAGCCGAUUUCCCCACAACCAAGUAGUUUUUUGAGUGCGGUAACCACUUCACAGACUUUUACUCCUAUAUCGGUACCUGCACAACACAAUUUCUUCCCACCGGUAUCUUCAACUAAUUCGUAUCUUCAAAGUCCUGUGAUGGCGGCCAUUUCGGCGAAUGAUUGUCUGCAACCAGGAAAUGUAGUUCCUCCUCUUUCGACUGAAAUUGACGGGGAUAAAAUAACAGCUAAUGGCAUCAACCAGAUCUAUCGUCCGGUAUAUCAUCAUUGGUUCCACAAAAGAGAAGUAGAAGGGAAAGUACUAUGGCAACAAUUCUCAAUGGUGGACUCUCUAGCGUUAGAACAAGCCUUCACGUCAAAUGAUUUAGAUCCGGACAAAGAGGUGGCCACUGAUGGUGGUCGUUACGACGUGAAUAUUUUGCGCCGACAACGAAUUCCAGUGUACUGGAAAGGUGCCCCGACGGAAGUUCGCCGGUGCUCGUGGUUCUAUAAAGGUAACUCCGACGGAAAAUACGUUCCUUACGAAGAAAACAUUGCAACGAAACUAGAAGAAGAGUUUAAAUCGGCUUUCGAACAAAACCAUUGGCACCGGAAAGUCGAGUUACCGAAUGGCGAAACGGUUGUUUUUCAUGCGCCCGAUGUUCUGGUGCUCUUUCCGCCAAGUCAAUCCCCGGACGCUUGGGGCAACACUCCCAACCAGCUGCGUCCACGAGUCGUCAAACGCGGCAUGGACGAAUUCGACAUCGACGAGGGUGAACCGGAGAAAGUUGACCAUCUUUUGUUUCUAGUACACGGUAUAGGGUCCGUUUGCGAUUUGAAAUUCCGAACGGUCGAAGAAGUCGUCGAUGAGUUUCGCAGCAUUUCUCUGCAACUGGUUCAGUCGCACUACAGGUCCUCGUGCGAGCGUGGUCUUGCAAACCGUGUCGAAGUACUUCCUAUUAGUUGGCACGAAGAACUUCAUUCGGAAAACACGGGCAUUGAUCGCAAAUUGAAAAGUAUAACUCUUGAGAGCAUUCCACGUUUGCGGGACUUCACAAACGAUACACUGCUUGACGUUCUUUUUUAUACUAGUCCGGUGUAUUGUCAGACGGUCAUUUCUACGGUGGGAAACCAGUUGAAUAGAAUUUAUGAACUGUUUAAACAGCGGAAUCCCGAUUUCAACGGUGGGGUAUCUCUAGGAGGACACAGUUUAGGAUCCUUGAUCUUGUUCGAUCUUCUUUGUCACCAACAACCGGAACCGGAAAAAGGGGACACCCUUCCUGAAGAUGACGAGACGGUUGUACCUGUGAGUGAAAAACCCCCACCUUUGCAACGACGCAUGAGCAAAAGAAUCAGUUACAUGAUGGGAGCUGUAGGAACGGGUCAACCUCAAAUCCACUACCCAAAUUUGGUCUUUCAACCAAAAUCAUUUUUUGCUUUGGGAUCACCGAUAGGCAUGUUUGUCACAGUGAGGGGUUUGGAUACACUAGGAGAACAAUUUGCUCUUCCUACAUGCCCUGCGUUCUUCAACAUUUUCCAUCCGUAUGAUCCUGUUGCGUAUAGAGUGGAGUCACUGAUCAACCCCGAGUUGGCGAAACUCAAACCUGUUCUCAUUCCACAUCACAAAGGGAGGAAACGAAUGCAUUUAGAAUUGAAAGAAACUAUGGCUCGAGUUGGCGCCGAUUUGAAGCAACGCGUUAUCGACUCAAUGAAAAACACUUGGAAUUCGUUCUACCAACUUGCCAUGUUCCAUCGCCAAGAUGAAGCCACUCUAGAAGAAGAAGUCGACAAGGCUCUCCAAAAACAGAUACUCGAACAAGAAGACGUGGACGAAGAGCCGGAGCAACAACAAACUGAUCAACCCCUAGGUCUGUUGAACAGCAACCGACGAAUCGAUUACGUUCUUCAAGAAGCCCCGUUUGAGUUCUUCAACGAGUAUCUUUUUGCUUUGACUAGUCAUGUGUGCUACUGGGAAUCCGAAGAUACGAUGUUGCUGAUUUUGAAGGAGAUUUACAGCAACAUGAAUGUAACGGCUGAUGAUAAAAUUCCGCAACAGACUAUGAGUAUUGAAAGACCACCGCCGUCACCGAAGUCUCUAAGAGCGGAGAAUUACAAUCACACGAACGAUGUGACCGGGAUGGAUCCCACAGCACCUAUACAACGUAAUGUUAAUUUAGGACCUCCACCUAUGACUGGGUUUGUCAAGAAGACCUAGUAUAUGUUGUUUGAGUGGGUGUACCGACCGCUAGCCCAGAGGUACGCACCAUACUUACUGUACAGUACGGAUAGUAGGAUCAGGAAAAGAAUUCGGAAGUGAAACGUAUUGUGAUUUUGUUUGUUACAAAUAUAUUUUUAUAUAAUUAUUAAUUUUUACUUUGUUUUUUCUGUAUAUGAAUCUAUUCUUUGUCGUAUUUAUUGAACAAUAUAAGAGAGGUUUUAAUA